UGCUCCUGGACUCGACUCGCAUUCAUACUUCUCGAAUUGAGCUCCAAAAUAGGCUUCACAAUCACGUUUCCAUACUUAUUUUCAGGCAAUUUCUCAGUUUUGGCAUAGCCUUUUGAUGAGGUUCAAAAAUGCUUCUGGACUUCCUAUCGAGCUCUCAACCACUUCAAUAUGUAGAGGGACACUCCAGCUUCAAAACAAGCCAUUAGUCUUUAAUUUCCAUCUAGCCAAUUGUAUGAUAUGAAUCUCCAAAGUAGGCACCAUGAACUAUUUUUACACUGAAACAACAAAUGAGGUCGACCGGAAAGUGCAAGUUAGGUCGACCUAAUCCUAUAUGAGGUCGACCCAAUCCAAAAUAAGGUCGACUUAAUUCUAACUGAGAUCGACCUGAAAGUACAAGUCACCCUGACAUGCAUGUCACCGUAGGCGCACCCUAUUCAUUUUUGUGUCCAAAAAUGAAUAUCUCAAUUGAAUCUUUCUUUUAUUCGUGUGGUUAUGCUGCGACCCUUUUCUUCUGCAUUUGCUUUCACUGUAGUCAAAUAUGGAUUUUACCUAGGACUCUGCUAAUUCGGCCAUUGGGAUUCAUCAGCACAAAAUGUAAAGAUUGGUCAUCAUGCUUGUCGUCUUAUCUGUGUGGUUAUGGCGGCCGCCUUUUUUUCUUCCCUUUCACUUUUAGUAUCGUGUCACAUAUGAACAAAGAAACAAAAAACUCAUCACUAGUUUAUUUUCUUCUAACCAUAGGGAAAAAAGCAACCAAGUGUCCAUUAGGCACGAGAGCUGGUAUAGGAGGAGGAAAUCCUUUGAACCUCAUUUCGCUGCUUAGUUGUUGAUCCUAGUCAUUUUCCAGAUUACAAAAUUGUAUCAUACGGAUGGUUUGACCAAAAAAAAAAAAAAACAAAAAAACCUUACUAUUGGAAUCUGAACGGGUAAGUGAUAAUUAGCGGUAUGAAGUUAUCAAAUCACAGUGAACUAAAAUUUCAGCAUAAAAUACCAUACUGCUGAAUUUUAUUGUGUAACAUUUGUGGGUAUGGUUUUACAAAAUUACAAUACUUGCUUCCUAGCACUCAGCUUAUAGGGGGCGCGGCAGUAUGUGGCAGGAAAGCGAAAUGCAGACAACAUCGAAAUGAGAAAGUUGAUACCCCAACACUAACCUUUCGUUUAGUGCUUUUUUGAACCUUGAUUAGGAUUAUGUUGGGAUGAAACCGAACUCGAACGCUAGGCUAAUGAGUAUCUAAGAACGAAGAUUUAAUUUAGCAAUUUUAUCUUUAGUUUUCAACCUGAAGAUCAAUUUUCGGAUCAUUUAGGUAAUAUAUCUAAUAACAAAUAUAAAAUUAGGGUAAUGAACAUCCAAAACCAAAAGUUGGGGUUCUUUUCGUUUGAGUAUGUGGCAGGAAAGCGACUGGCUAUUUUGUCUUUUUUGAUAAGCUGACUUCUCGUCCAACUUCUAUUGCUAGUUUGGCUUUCCAGUUUCCACCGGUGGAGUAAUUUGUCUGCUUCUGGACAGGGUUUUUCCCAACUUCCAAAUUUCCUCGCUACCCAACAAAUUCAUCUUUUUUCCCCCUCACCUUUAUGGUCCAUUUUCUACUUUCUCAAGUGACCAAUCUCUUGUCUUUUGCGGGUUUUUCUUUAUUUUCCAAUCAAACAGUUUGGGCUCCCGCUCUUAUGCGCCAGUUUCACCAACAGUAUGAGGAGUGGGUAGACCUACUCGUUGACCAGGCGCCGAUGGUGUCUUGCCCGGUAGUUCAGCCAGGGUCUCAGGUGGGUGAUCCUCGAUUGGUUUGCAUGUGGGAUGGGGCCACUAGGAGGGGAGUCACACUCGGCUGGUGGAAUGGUUCUUUUCGAUCCGGUGUGGACACUCCUUUCGGCCAAAGGGGUGCAGAUUCCUCAAGUGGAUGAGCGAAUGGUGGUAGAGCUGCUUGUGCUUCGGGAGGCUAUUAUUUGGUGUUUGGAGUUUGGCUUGUCAGAAGUUCGGUUUGAGGGCGAUGCGAAAGUCAUUAUUGACAAAAUUAAUCAAGCAGACACAAGCGACAACAGGUUGGGGGCAGUCCUGGAAGAGAUAUGUCAGUAUUUCUGUGCCCAUCCUGGGUUUAGUGUGCGGUUUAUAGUUCAGGAGAACAAUAGGGUAGCUCACUCAGUAGCUAGAAAAGCCCUCUUUUUGUAUCCGGAUGAAAAUCGCUUCUUUGAUUUCUGUGCCUGGUUGAUUUCCAUGAUGUAAAUAUCUAUUUGUUUGGAUUAAUAUAUCUUAUCUUUUGGA